CGCUGCUUUCCUCUCCUACGCCACUGUACUCUUCAAAUACCCGUCCUAGAGACCAACCAUAGACGGUUUUCAACCAAAGACCUCCUAACAAAUUCUCAAUCUCCCAUCACAGAAUGUCGGAACAGCGCGCUGCGCCUCUUCGUCUGGGCAGCACUGCCCCAAACUUCAAGGCCGAGACAACCCAAGGUCCAAUCGACUUCCAUGAGUUCAUUGGCGACAAGUGGGUUAUCCUCUUCUCCCACCCCGAGGACUACACUCCCGUCUGCACCACGGAGCUGGGCGCCUUUGCAAAACUCGAGCCCGAGUUCACCAAGCGUGGCGCAAAGCUCAUUGGUCUCUCGGCCAACACGAUCGACUCCCACGAUGGCUGGAUCAAGGAUAUCAACGAGAUCUCCGGCAGCAACCUGAAGUUCCCCAUCAUUGGAGACAAGGAGAGGAAGGUCGCGUACGCGUACGACAUGCUUGACUAUCAGGAUACCACAAACGUCGACUCCAAGGGCAUUGCCUUUACCAUUCGCUCGGUCUUCAUCAUCGACCCUAAGAAGACGAUUCGUCUCAUCCUCUCCUACCCCGCCUCUACCGGCCGCAACACCGCCGAGGUUCUGCGAGUCCUCGACUCUCUUCAGACUGGCGAUAAGCACCGCAUCACUACUCCAAUAAACUGGGUGCCUGGCGACGAUGUCAUUGUGCACCCCAGUGUUAAGAACGAGGAAGCCAAAACCCUCUUCCCAGACUUCAGGAUCGUCAAGCCAUACCUGAGAUUCACUCCUCUUUCCAAGAGUGUCACAAGCGCCGCCCUAUAGGUGACUGUAUGGCUACAAGGGAUUAGUGUGCAAGGCAUAGGCGCGGGUUGGGCAUGGUAGAUGGUGGCAUGAUAGUUGGAGGAGGUUUGCGUCUAGAAAGAAGCGGAACCCCUUCCAGCAUGCCUCCCGAUGCAAGUUGGGCAUAUCCGUUUUCUAGGGCUGAAAACGGCCAGGUUGAUGAAUGAAAAGUUAACGACCCUUUCAUGGUCUCGUGCCUUGCGUCAGGACCUGGUUCCUGAGUGAUUGAUAACUACUCGAAUCCCCUCUGGCUCAUCUAAAAGCAUGAAUGAAAACAACUAGCCGAGAUGCGCAGACGAUUGGGUUUGGAUGCUUCUAUAUACGAUUUGAAAGGCUUGAAAGGUUCUGCGUUAGUAUCUAAGCCUGGAGUGAAUGAAGACGACUCGAAUCCCUUCUGGCUGAUCUAAAAGCAUAAAUGAAAAUAGCCAACUGUCAUGUG